CCUAAUCUAUGCAAAAUUCGUAAACGUCACAUUACGAAUUCAUCGAGACCAGUUUUUCUCCAAAAAUAACCACACAGACGCCGUUAAGUCACGAUAAAGGUGGGGUUUGAGGACCACUUGAAAACGGAACAAAACGCUAUAAAGAUAAGAAACCAUCAAUUCGGACAAAAAAAAAAAAACUAACCUUAAAAUAUCAUCCCAAAGGGGUUCCAAGUUCUACUUCAGUUCUGGUCCCGAACGCAUCGCGAAAAUGUCGUACUACAGCGACACGGAUGACUCCAUGAAGUCGUUUAGCGACAUCCAAGACGAUGGGGUUCGUAAGCGCAAAGCUUGGGAGGCAGACGCCGCUUCCAUCGCAUCAGAAAUAAAGGAUUUACUCGACGAAGACGUCAACUCGCUUGUUGAGGAGGAUUGCAUUGGGUGUCCGUUACCAUCAACACCGGAAGAUGAAAAUGUUCUUGAAUCUGAAAUGAGCGACGUUUUAAAAGCUGCAGUUUUAGGUACAGGAGAUGAAAUCGAUAUAGCAGCUUUAGCCCAUAACGCUGCUGAACAGGCGGAAGUAGUCGUUCGAAAAUUGAUUAAGGUUGGUUGGUCUGUUUGUGGAUUUCAUCAUUUACCAGCUUGGCUUCAAGAUAAUGAUUUCUUGAAACACGGCCAUCGACCCCCGAUGCCCUCAUUUCGAGCUUGCUUUAAAAGCAUUUUUAGGAUACACACGGAAACUGCUAAUAUUUGGACUCAUUUGUUGGGUUGCGUCGCUUUUAUUGGAAUAGCAUUUUAUUUCUUAAUGCGUCCAUCAAUCGAGAUUCAACUGCAAGAAAAAAUCGUAUUCGGAGCCUUCUUUUUCGGGGCGAUCGUCUGUUUGGGAUUCUCUUUCAUGUUCCACACCGUAAACUGUCACUCGCAAUUUAUCGGGAAGUUAUUUUCAAAAUUAGAUUACUGCGGGAUCGCUUUAUUAAUAAUGGGCUCUUUCGUCCCAUGGUUAUACUACGGCUUUUAUUGUCAUUUUAAACCGAAAGUUGUUUAUUUAAGUGUCGUUUGCGCUUUGGGAGUGACCAGUAUCAUGGUGAGUUUAUGGGAUAAAUUUUCGGAAUCAGCGUGGAGACCGUUUAGAGCAGCCGUUUUUAUGACAUUUGGAUUGAGUGGAAUUAUUCCUGCGAUUCAUUAUGGUAUCGCCGAGGGGUGGUUUAAUGAUUUGAGUCAAAAAAGUUUGGGUUGGUUGGUUUUAAUGGGGUUAUUGUAUAUUAUUGGGGCGAUGCUGUAUGCUUUGAGGGUGCCCGAAAGGUGGUUCCCUGGUAAAUUCGACAUUUGGUUCCAUUCUCACCAAAUUUUCCAUGUUUUUGUACUUGGUGGAGCUUUCGUACAUUACCAUGGAAUUUCUGAGAUGGCUAUGCAUCGCGUUACGAUAGGACAAUGUGAAAUACCUGAUACUUCAAUUUAUUAAGAGAAAAGAUUUAGACAUAUUUUUAUUAUUUUAUAAUAAAUACAAGAUUAUAAUUAAAAGAAAUUCUAGGUAA